AGCCAAGCGGCACCAAUGGGUCACGAAGUGGCCUCCUCGACACAUUCAGGUGAUUCCUCGGACCAAUUUUCUGCCCGCAUCGGUGGUGUCAUCGGUGGUGGCGGUGUUGGUGGUGGCAGCGGAGGUAGCGCCGGAGAUCCUCCCUCAACUAUAUAUGGCUUCAAUGGGCAGUCUUGA